UCUCCAUGGGGGCUGAGAAAAGCGUUAAAUCUCCCUUCCCCCUCCCUUCCUCCCUCUCUGCCCCUGAAUCUUUCAGGACCCGUGGCUGCGCUCCUAACUGUGCGCGUCAACAACCGGUCUCCUUCAGCUCGGGACGAAGCCCCACGCAGCUGCUGUGGUUCCUCAGUGCUGGAGUCUGCACAGACAGGAGUAGAGCGCCUUCUCUGUCUCUGCAGGGAUAUUCACCUCCGAUGGACUGAUCUAAGAAGAAUCGUCCCCUUUCCUGCCGUCAUGACCCAUUAGUUUUAUGAUUGCAAGUAUCGUUUUAAGAAAAAAAAAAAAAAAACUUGUAUAAACCUCGAACGAACCCAUUGCUACCGGGUUUAAUGUGUUUUAUGUGUUUGCGAUCCACAGUAAGGUAAACUAGCACAAUUUACAGUGUCUCGGCGAGUGUUAUUAUCCCGUGGAUGUGGCCGUCGGGGUCGUUGUGUGAGCCCAGCAGGAUCAACCUGUCAUAGGGCAUCAUGAUUUCUCUGCUUCUUCGUAUACGGAUGAGGAACAUCUCGCCGGAGAUGCUGAUUUUUCUGCCUGUUUUGUGUUUUUUACCUCUGACCGGAGCGGCUCCUUCUCUGACCACCGAGCAGCUGGACAUGGGGGUGGACUGGCUGAGUAAGUUUGGCUACCUCCCACCCCCUGACCCGGCGACUGGGCAGCUUCAGACAAAGGAGGCCUUGACUAAGGCCAUAAAAGCCAUGCAGAAGUUUGGAGGGCUGAAAGAGACCGGUGUUUUAGACCAAGCCACAUUAGGGUUGAUGAAAACACCGAGAUGCUCACUGCCAGAUGUGUCUCACGCCGAGGUGACAACAAUGCAUAGAAAAAGAAGUCUUACUCCUCAAAACAAAUGGAAUAAGAGGCAUCUUUCCUGGAGAUUGAGAACCUAUCCAAAAGAUUCAGCCCUACUUGGCAGGGACACAGUUCGGGCCCUCAUGUACUAUGCUUUGAAGGUUUGGAGUGACAUUGCACCUCUGAAUUUCCACGAGGUGGCCGGCAGCAACGCAGACAUUCAGAUUGACUUCACUAAAGCCGACCACAAUGAUGGAUACCCCUUUGACGGACCUGGAGGAACAGUGGCACAUGCCUUUUUCCCUGGGGAGAGGUUCACUGCUGGCGACACACACUUUGACGACGAUGAGCCGUGGACCUUCAGAUCACCAGACUCUCACGGGAUGGACUUGUUUGCCGUUGCAGUCCACGAGUUUGGUCAUGCGAUCGGUCUCGUUCACACCUCGGCCAUGGAGUCCAUCAUGAGACCAUACUACCAUGGUCCUGUGGGGGACCCUCUGAAAUAUGAUCUACCCUAUGAAGACAAAGUACGAGUCUGGCAACUCUACGGUGUCAGAGACUCAGUUUCCCACACAAAUCAACCAGGCAACCCUUCUCUCACGCCUGAACCUCCUGUUCUGCUUGAUCUUCCUGAAAACAGGUCCACAGUCCUGCUUGCACGAGAUGCCCCCGACAGAUGCACCACUCACUUUGAUGCGGUGGCCCAGAUACGGGGGGAGGCCUUCUUUUUCAAAGGGAAGUACUUCUGGCGACUAACAAGGGAGAAGCACUUGGUGUCUCUGCGUCCUGCACAGAUCCAUCGCUUCUGGAGGGGCCUUCCAACUAAUCUGGACAGCGUGGACGCUGUGUAUGAGAGGCCAGGAGACCACAAAAUAGUAUUUUUUAAAGGGCUAAAGUACUGGCUGUUUAAAGACAAUAUUGUAGAGGAGGGUUACCCACGUCCAGUCAGUGACUUUGGCCUGCCUAUGGAGGGUGUGGAUGCAGCUUUUGUUUGGCUUCACAAUGACAAAACCUACUUCUUUAAGGACAAACAUUUUUGGCGCUAUGAUGACCACCUAAGACGCAUGGAUCUGGGCUACCCCAAAGAGAAUAUCCUAUGGAAAGGGUUGCCAUCACAGCUCGAUGAUGUCAUGAGGUGGUCUGAUGGCUCAACGUACUUUUUCAAGGGAAAGGAGUACUGGCGAGUGCCAGGCAGUGACAUGGAGGCGGAGACAGGCUACCCCCGCCUCAUUGCAAAGGACUGGCUGCUCUGCACCGAGAUGCAGUCAGACUCUCCAGACACGGACGCCAAAAGCACAGACACAAGGGUCAACGUGCACCGGCACCCAGAUCAUGCAGAGAACGGAUAUGAGGUGUGCUCCUGCACCUCAGACACCGCUUCACCUUUGGGCGUCUGGCCCACCAUGUCAACACUCUGGCUGCUGCCACCUAUGUGGACGGUCUUACUGAGCUUCUGCUCUGAACAGCUAUGAUGCUGAAACAUGGGACAAAGUUCAUUAAAGCGGACUGACCAAUAAUUAAAAAAUGUUGAUAUUACAUGAUUUGUAUUUUUUUGCUUUGAGUUUGCAAUUAUUUAUUCUAUAAAGCCUUUUGCUAUUGUUUUUUUAUUGAAUGAUCAAACCACAACAACUCAGCAAGAAAGGUUUCACUCAACGGAAGCAUUUUCCAAAAGCGGAUUUUUUUUUUUUUUGCCUCCAUGUGCUGCAGGCUUACCGCAGUAAACCCACACAAACUUAAAGUUAUUUCAUUCUAAGAAUAAGUAGUUGCAAAGGUGAGCCAUAUUUCAACACAUAAUGUAGAAAAUACACUUGAAAACAUGGCUAGGUGAAAGAAAUUACAAAAAUCCAAAACAACCAAAAAAUGAUACAGUGCUAUGUAAAAGUAUUUGCCUCUCAGAAAUUAUUUUCCCCUUUUUCGCUUUUUUGGCAGACUUAAAUGUUUCACGUCAAACGUUAAUAUCAGAAAUAGGUAGCUAAAGUAUCUAGAAAAUGCAGUUUUCAAAUGAUGAUUUAAUUUGUUAAAUUAUAACUUAACUGUGAGAAACCACAUUUUUAUGGUUCCAAAGCCCUCAGGUGUGGACCCUUCUGGUAGCUACAACUACCAUUAAGCAAUUUGGAUAACUGGGUAAAAUCCCUCCACACAUUAUUUGUAGGGAUUUUGCCCCACUCUUCUUUAAGUAUUGUUUUAAUUCAGUCAGAUUGGAGGUUUUUUGAGCAUGACCAGUCUGUUUAACGUCUUGCCUCCCGUCCUUUGACAACGCCGCCAUGUAACCUUUAUUUUUUGAGUUAUUCAAUGGUGGACUUGCUUGUUCAGUUUGGAUCAUUACCUUGUCUGUAUAACCCAAGUGAGUUUUGAGCUUAAAGUCAAGAUGCUCAUUUAGGAUGUUCUGUGAAAGAGCAGAUUUGUGGUCCCAUCCAUUGCGAAAAACCAUGCAGGUCCUGAAGCAGCAAGCAGCCCCAGACCAUCACACUACCACUGCCAUGUUUGACUGUCAGCAUGAUGUUCUUUUCUAAAAUGUUGUAUUAGUUUUAUUCCAUUUGUAAAAUGCAAAAAUAUUACACUUUUAGAGUACACUUUAAAGUACACUUUUAGAGUAUUUUCCCAAAGAUCUUGGAGAUCAUGCAGAUACUUUUUGGCAAAAUGUAGAUGAGCCUGUUUGUUGUAUUUGGUCAGCAGUGAAUUUUGCCUUGAAACUCUCCUAAGGAUGACAUCUCUUUGACCUUAACUGAGGCAAAUGAGGCCUGCAGUGUGUUAGAUGUUCUUCUGGGUUCUUUUGUGAGCUACUGGUUGAAUUGUUGAUUUAUACUUGGAGCAAUUUUGAUAUGCCUACCACUCCUGGGAAGAUUCACUACUGUUCCAUGUUUUCCCAGAUUGUAAUUAAUGGCUUGCUUUGUGGUUUGCUUGACUAAACCUCAGAAAUUGAUUUAUAACCUGUUCCAGACAAAUAGAUUUCAAUGAGUUUGGUAAUGAUCUGUCCUUGACUUUCUUUAGAUACGACCAUAAUGUGUUGCUUUAUGAUAGAGUAUCUUUCAGGCUACUUCAUUUUGACAGAAAGGGUCUUGUCAGUUGAGCCAAAAACCACAAAAAUUUAAAGAUGAAAAAGGGGGGGGUUUCACAUUGGGCCAGGUUGGUUGGAUAGCUUUUUUUCCUUUAAUUAAUAAAAUUAUCAUUUGAAAAAUAAAAUGUUUUUUGUAUUUAAUAUUUAUUUGACCUGAAACAUUUAAGAGUAGCAAAAAGCAAAAAACCGAAGAAAUCUAUAAACGGGCAAAUACAUUUUCAUAAAACUGUAAAUUUAGACUGUUGUUAUGCAAAUUGUUUAAAAUGUUCCAGUCCCAACAUAUUAAUGCCAAAGUUAAGACAUCUAAUUUAGAAGAAAGGGAGUUAUUCUCUUUGCACAGACACAUGAACAUAAAAAAAUAAAUACAAUCUUUUCUUGUUUGUGAUGGAAAACAUUCAAAAAAACACAAAACCCCUUUUAAAGUGGAAAGUUGAAUAACUUAUUCAAACAUAUGUCAAUCAGUAAGCUUCUUGCUGCUUAUGAGUAUGAAUGUUUAUACGCUGCUCCUCCUGAGUAGGUGGAUCGACAGUUUCCUCACCAUAAUCUUUUGACUCUACUCCAAAAUGAGGACCUCCUGUUCAUCUGUGGGCUGCGAGCAUUUCUCACAACUUCCCUGCUGUCAACUGAAGAUUCCAUAUCCUGGUUUAUUUUAUUGCCUGCAGCUGCAUCAUUGUGGGCACUGGAUUUAUUCUUUGCUGUAAAGCUAUAUUUACCUAUAAACUGAUAUAUUUGACGGGAGAUGAUUUUUGCAGCUAUUGCAUCACCAAGUGGACUGUGUAUAUGUUAAGCUGUGUUUUUAAUGUAUAAUAUUUUUGUAGAAAAAUAUUAAAAUAAUAAAACUGA